AGCAAAUUGACAGCAGACUGCUCAGCAGUUAGUUCAGUGCUUUAGGUGUUUGCUCUAUUAUAGUUAGUUUAAUUUUGCUGUAUUGUAUUGUAAAUGUGUAUUAUACUGUAACUUUUGAUUGGACUGUGGAUUUGGUGGAUUUUACUUUACCUGUGGAUUAUGUAUGUGUAUUGUUCUAUAGUUCUAGUUUGACUGUAUUUUUGGAUCGGACUGUAGCUGUGGAUUGGAUUGUAACAACGGACUGUAACUGUAAAUUAGGCUGUAACUGUAGACUGUAGCUGUGGAUUAGAGCUGUGGAUCAUAACAAUGUAUUGAGUGUAUUUGUAGAUAUAGAUUAGACUGUACAUUUGGAUUUGAAUGUAACCCAGAUUGUUGUUGUCGAUUGGACUCCAGCUGUGUUUUUAACUGUACUGCAGCUGUAGGCAUUUUGAUUGGACUGCAGAUUUGGAUUGGACUGAAUCUGUGGAUUGGUCUGUAGCUGUACUGUACUUUUCAAUGGACUGUACUGCAGCAGUUGUCAGCUCCAUUAUUUCAGUCAACAAUAAACCAGAUGCCUGCAGCAUGCCCAGUGGCUUUUGCUAACACCUGAACUGACAGGCGGCUGACGGAAGCGGUCUGGCUGUCCCUGGCACCAUGCAGCGGGGCGGCUCUGAGACGUGCCUGGAGCUGGAUGGCGAGGGGUCUGUUCAGGGCGGGAGCCGGGGGCGCCUGGGGCUGGAUGGGCUGCAGCAGAAGGUCCUGAAGGUGACGGAGCAGCUGCGGAUCGAGCAGGCCCUAAGGGACGAGAACGUGGCCGAGUACCUGAAGCUGAUCAAUAGUGCCGACAAGCAGCAGAGCGGACGCAUCAAACAGGUCUUCGAGAAGAAGAACCAGAAAUCCGCUCAGUCCAUCGCCCAGCUGCAGCGCAAACUCGAGCAGUACCACCGCAAGAUGAAGGAGUGUGAUGUCACUUCCUCCACUAAUGGGUCCAAACACUCACACUCCCACAGCAAAGACGCGAAGGAAGCUUCCAAGGACAGUUUAAAAGAGUGCAAGGAAGCAGUGGCCAAGGGCAGCGGACGACACCCACAGCUAGACAAGGUAAAGACCAUCGGCCCGGGUGUGUCUCUUUCACCGCCUUUCUUCUUCAAUAAGUCCCGCGGCUUCGCCAGUCUCAUCCGCAACAAGUUCGGUAGUGCCGACAACAUCGCCCACCUAAAAAGCUCCAUGGAGACCGGUGGCGGGCUCCAGACAGAGGGGGCGGGGCGAGCGCUGAGCGGCAGCGCCACACUGACCAGUAAACCUAAAUACCCGAGUGACGACGAGUGUUCUACAGGAACGUCUGUGUCUGUGGAAAGCAACGGGCACACGUCAGCCCUGGGGGCUGUGCAGAGUGAGGCAGGACCGGGGGAGGGCUUCAGUAGGCUGGCGGACGCUCUGGAGGAGGUGCGUGAGGUAAAGGAGGCACAGGCUCACCUGGCUGAGGACAUUGAGAGUCUGAGGAGUCAGAUGAAGCGUAACUACGGAUUUAUCACCCAGAUGCUGCAGGAGGAAAAAUACAGGUGCGAGCGGCUGGAGGAUCAGCUGAAUGACCUGACCGAGCUGCAUCAGAAUGAGACGGCCAACCUGAAACAGGAGCUGGCCAGCAUUGAGGAGAAAGUAGCCUACCAGGCUUACGAACGGGCCCGAGACAUGCAGGAGGCGCUAGAGGUGUGUCAGACGCGGAUCAGUAAGCUGGAGUUGCAGCAGCAGCAGCAGCAGUUGGUGCAGCUGGAGAGCGCCGAUGCCAAAGUGCUGCUGGGAAAGUGCAUCAACAUCAUGCUGGCUAUUGCCACGGUCAUCCUGGUGUGCGUCUCCACCGCCGCCAAGUUCACGGCGCCGCUGUUGCGGAGCCGCCUGCACAUUCUCGGGACCUUUGUGUGCGUGUGUGUGCUUGCGCUGGGCUGGAGCCACUGGGAACAUGUACAGUGUGCAGCAGAGAGGAUGUUCCUGCCCAGAUGAGGGACAAGACAAGUGUGUAUGGUGUAUGUGUGUGUUCGUAUUAUAAAUGUACACUGGAAAGGAAGGGAAAUACACUGAAUUUACUUCAUACAAAUGUGAACAGCAGAAAGAUUUGAUUGAUGAUAUAGGAUGCAUAACUAGUAGACAAGAUUCUGGUCCCAUUGUUCCCGGUUUUGACCUCAAAGUUCGGUACAGAGGUUUAGCACUGUGGGAUAAAAGUUGCAUACUCUUCUAGCUUUUUAUGUUACAGUUUAAUUUUUUCUGCCCAUAAUCUUAUAAUAUAUCCUACCCUAAACAGUAUUUUAUUAAUAUGAAAGUAAUUACUUUACAAUAAGGCUCACAAAUAACAGUACCUACAAAAGUAAUAAACCUCGUUAAACAGUUAAAGCUGAUAUCCGUAAGUUUUGAGAUUUAGAGCCCUCUCUGAGAAUGGGUCUUUUGCACCAAGCAAUUGUUUCACGCCUUCGUUUCUUUGAUUUUACUACGAGUGAUUAAGCUACUGAGCUCUAUGUUUCCCCUUCUGAAGUCUCCAUUGCUCCACCAGCCACUCGCUUUCAGUAAAACUGAGCCUUAUCCUCUUUUAGAGGCUUUACAUGUGAGGUAGGUACAUAAUGGCGCGACGUGGCCAAAAGAACUUCCGUGAAAAGCAGCCCGACACCCCAGUUUUUAGAAUGAAUAUAUUAGGCUUAGCAGGGAUGGUCGUUCCAGCACACUGGUAACAAUAAACACACCCAGAAAUGUUUCUGCUUUCAGUUUACAAACAAAAUAAUACGGACUGCCUCUUUACGUAAUGUCUCAGCUAAUUAUUAGUUCACUCUAAUUAAUACAUUAUAAAACAUUGCAAAAUGUUAAUGCCUGAGGAUGUUGUAAAUAAUAAUGAAUUGAGAAAAUGGUUAGAAGUGUUGUAAUGAUUAAUAAUGUCCUAACUAACAUUAAUAAUUAAUAAGUUGAGACAUUCUGUUGUAAGUACUGUUCAUGAAUGUACCCUUAUUGUAAAGUGUUACUGAAGUAAUGAAUCCAUUUGUAGGAAGUAAAUUCAAUGCUGCUCUCCCAAACUGUCCUGGACUCAUCACUACAGCCGGGCAUUCGCAACAAUGGACAGUUUCCUGAACAAUGGCUUUAAAAAGGCUUUUAUGUGUCUGUGUGUGUGUGUGUGUGUGUGACUGCGAUGCUCGGAACAUAAUGACUUUACUACUGACACUGGAAUUCCCGAUUGUGAACAUUGGAGUCAUCACUACUGUUGGACGUUUGCGGCAAUGAACUGUUCUGUUCUCUGAAUUAUGGCUUUAAAGGAAAUUGUUUGUGUGCGUGUGUGUGUGCGUGUUCUGCUUCUCUACUCCAGCAGUAACGGGUCCGUUUCUGUUAAUGUACUGUAUUAGUUGUUUUGUUCACCUGAUCUACUAUACUGGAUUACUAGGGGUGCACCAGAUUGACAAGGAAAAUGUAAUUCCUAUUGGUCAUAGGUCAUAGGUCAUGAUACUAGUUUCCAUCCCAUGACUUCUGCCACUUUUUGUCACUUUUUGUAUUUAUAUAACCAUUUACUACAGUUGUUGGAUCUGAUUUAGCUGUGUCACAAUUACAUGGAGUCAAUCAUUGAUAUACAGCUCUGGAAAAAAAAUGGAGACCACUUAAAAAUAAUGAGUUUUUUUUAUUUUACCAAAUUAAAAACUUCUGGAAUAUAAUCAAAAGGAAGAUGGAUGAUCACAAGCCAUCAAACCAAGCUGAACUGUUUGAAUUUCUGCACCAGGAGUGGCAUAAAGUUAUCCAAAAGCAGUGUGUAAGACAGGUGGAGGAGAACAUGCCUAGAUGCAUGAAAGCAGUGAUUAAAAACCAGGGAUAUUCCACCAAAUAUUGAUUUCUAAAACUUUAUGAAUAUGAACUUGUUUUCUUUGCAAUAUUUAAGGUCUGAAAGCUCUGCAUCUUUUUUGUUAAUUCAGUCAUUUCUCAUUUUCUGCAAAUAAAUGCUUUAAAUUAUAAUAUUUUUUUAUUUGUAACUUGGGAGAAAUGUACUCUGUAGUUUAUAGAGUAAAAUAACAAUGUUGAUUUUACUCAAACAUAUACCUAUAAAUAGCAAAAAUAGAUAAACUGAUUCAGAAACUAAAGUGGUCUCCAGAGCUGUACUUAUUUUUUAAUUUUUAUUUCUAACGAGGCAUGAAUGAAUAUAGAAAUAUAAAAUAUUCUAAAAAGACCAAUUGUGGCAUUGGAAAUGCGAAAGGAUAACUUUCUUAGUUAGGAACUAAAGCUCCCCAGCUGCACCCUGAGUCUCUCAGAAGCCAGCAGUAAACAAGCUCCUCAGCCAUUGUAAAGAUCUGUUGGCUGACAGUUUUGGUGGCAUUUACUGUGCCAGCAUUUCUGUUAACAGACAAAAUGUCCUGCAAGCACUUUGCCAUGACUUUGCAGGAUGUUCUGGCUGAAAGGACAUUUGAAAUGAGAUAAAAAGGGCAGAAUGUUACUUAAUUAUUGUUUUUUUUUUUUUAUCGUUUCACUUCACUUUUGAGAAACGUGAGAGAUAAAGAAAAGGAAACCUGAAUGUGGGUGAGCUGAUGUAUAUGUUAUGCUUAUAUGCUCCCAGCUUUAAAAUUGUUUUCUGAGACGGAAACAGUUUGCAAUGGUACUAUAGUGCUAACCACUUGUUAAUGAGGCCUUUACGAGUGUAAAAAGUGUUAAACAUAUAGCUGAGAACCACAGUGUGAAGUUUCACACAUUUGGUCCACACUUGGACACAGUUGGUCCAUUAACUUGGUUGUCACCAUGCCAGUGGUAGAGGCAGAUAUCUUUGAAUUUACAUGUGUUCAAAUAUUUAUUUAUGCUUGAUAUGGUCUAAUAUACUGUAGAAUAUACUGUGUUUUAAAAAUUCCAGAUCAGCCAUUAGAAUUGUUCACAAUAAACAUGAUAAAUUACUUAAUGUUAAUUAUCUAGAAACAACUCUGUGUCUCUGGUGCAUCCCUUGUAUCUCCACACUGUUAAUGUAACAUGUAUUUACCUUGCGCUGUGUGUGGCUGAGCUGAGUAAACACAACAUUUGGCUGAUCCACUCUGGGAGUUCAAGCAUGCCAGAAAUGUUGGUAUUAUUAUGGCCUACUUUUCCUGUUGAGUGGGAGUGGUGUGAAGCUCAACACACACAGCUUAACAUAUGCACACAAUGAAGCAGUGUUUAUGGAGUAGACGCCUCUGAACGAUGUAAUAUAUUGUUUUUUUAUAUAUUGGCAAUAUAUUCCAGAAUACACUCAUUGUCAAAGAAAUAGUUGCACCCAGAAUAAAGUGUUUUGACUGCAAUGCUAUUCAGAAGGAAGACAAAAUUUCUAGCAAUAUUUAUUAAGCUACACAUACAGAAGUAGUGUGUGAACUACAUGGGUUGGACAAUGAAACUGAAACACCUGGUUUUAGACCACAAUAAUUUAUUGUCCUGACGGGCAAUUCUGGUGGAAACAGGAGAGCUGAGGUGCACAUUGAAUUCUGCCUUGAUUUGGGCAGCCGUGGUUUUAUGUUUUUUGGAUACAAUCUGGGUUAGCACCCGAACAUCCCUUUCAGACAGCUUCCUCUUACAGCGUCCACAGUUAAUCCUGUUGGAUGUGGUUCAUUCUUCUUGGUGGUAUGCUGACAUCACCCUGGAUACCGUGGCUUUUGCUACAUACAUACAGAGUGUGCAUUCAGAAAAAGUAUGACCAGUGGUUGCAGUACAUCCUUAACACUCUGGGCUGUUAAAUUGCCUGUAAUGAAGACCAAAGGUGAUCUGGUUUCAUUUGAUAUUGCACCCCACACUAAGAGAAAGUUCUGAGUCACUCUAAGACAAUCUGGCACAAUUACCCAGCAAGUUCCAUUCCUGUCAGUUUGUUCAAUUCCUUCUGGGUGCUGUUUUUUUUUAUGAUGAUGAUGAUGUGUGCAUUUAAAUGGGAGGAAAAACUUUCAUGAAUAUACUAUUAACUAAUGAUUAAUAACUGUUAUUUUUCACAUUUUAACAAACUAAAAAGUUGCUAUCACAUUUGGAAAUACUAAUGAAUGCAUUGGCAGCACGAACCGCAAUUGAUAAACUUUUAAUUGAUACAAUUUAUUAAUGUUUAAAUUUAGAUGAGCUUAUGAUUUGCUAACAUUUUUAAUAUAAAUAUCCAUGCUGAUAAAUAAGUGUCAUGUGUGUACAUUUGUUAUGUUCAAAUUCUGAUGAACAACUGCUUUGUUCACAUCUACUGAUCAUUAGUUAAAUAUAUAUUAAUGAAAGUCAUUAUAAAGUGUUACCAAAUGGGAUAUAUUUCAAUACAUUUUCAAUACAUUACAUGUUUUAUACACUGUAUAUCCAACUGUUUGUGGACACCCUUCUAAUUAAUGCAUUCAGCUUGUGUAUUCCUGCUCUGGAACAGAUAAACAUGAACUUGUGUGUAAUGCCAGAUUUGGGCUAGACAGGUAAAAUGUUGGGGUUUGUUAGUUGGGAUGAAGUGGGAGGAGGUGAGGUUGGUGAUCAUUCAACCUGAUUCAAUCCUGAACUCACUGACUGACCUCUUGUUGCUAAUGCAACAUCAAAUCCUCACAGCAAUGCUCCAAAAUCUAGUCCCAACGCCUUCCUGGACAGUAGAGACAGUUACUCCAACACAAGCAAGAUGAACUCUAAAUAUUUACUACAACACAAUGAAUAUGGGGGUGUCCCGGUACUUUUGGCCAUAUAGUGUAUGUGAAGGUUUUAAGCUGUGAGUGAUGCUGUCUGUUUCCUCUGUGCACAGGAUUAAAAGAGCACAGCUGCUUCUUUGUUAAUGUUAUUGUUUGUUACAGUUUGUGACGGGUUUGCCUUUCUGGAAUAACUUGUUAAGCUCAUCUAAGCUAAGCUAAAUGUAAUGAAGUUCUGGACUGUUUUAAAUGAAGGCUAAGAGAGUUAUUUUUGUACCUUUUUAAAAUCUCCUCUAUUCUGAAACUAUGUUUUAAGGAUCCAAUGCAAAUACAGUGAUCUGCACUGGC